AGCUACACGGGGCCCAAGUUGACCACACAGAUCUAUGGAUAAGCUUUUAUCAAUGUAUAUGCUUUUAUAUGUAUGUACAUGUCGCCGUGGUAACCAUCUUGACGGACAGACAAGUAGGAAGCUCACGGCCCGCCCGCUGUGUACAUGUCGCCGUGGUAACCAUCUCGACAAGCAGGAAGCUCACUGCCCGCCCGCUGUGUACAUGUCGCCGUGGUAACCAUCUCGAGAAGCAGGAAGCUCACGGCUCGCCCGCUGUGUACAUGUCGCCGUGGUAACGCAGGUGGCUACAACAUGUCUGCAAAAGCCAAACAAAUUAACAAAUCGGCGGAUAAAAAUGCAAACGACAGAAAUGACGUUGCGUCCAAAGAAAAUUACGCUGAAAAAGCCAACCCUCAAUGGAAAUGUAUUUCCCAUGAACAAAUCAACACGCUGUUAGAUUUGACAGUGGAACAAGUGCAAUUACAGUUUGAAGAGAUACUUGGUUUGAAGAACUGCCAGACAUGUCUAAAGGAGGCGUCCCUGUUGGAUUACUUUGUCUGUGGAUUCUGGUGGGCCAGGCAGAUGAACUACACCUGUCAACAGAUCUCAUUCAUCAUGGCUCUACAGCAACUGGUACUAGACAAUAUCAGGGAGAAGCAGAUGCCAUUUGGUGAUAACCUGAAUGAGUUUGCCAAGUUGAUAUCAGGAACGCACCAGUCUCCUUCUCCAGAGGUUGAUCCACUGUUUGAUGCAGAGCAGGCCAUGUCCAUCACUGACUACCUCAAGUGCAGUCUCUUUCAGAACUACCACCUCUAUGAGUUUCUCUUCCACCAACCCAGAGAGGAGCUACUCCUUGGGGAGAAGAGGACCAUUGAGGUGAUCAGCUCAGCAGACUUUGUAGCUCCGCUGGAAGAAGGCAUGACUACUGAAGUCUUCCUCCAUUACAUGGCUCCUUCUCCUGUUGAACAGCAUGAAGAGGGACAGAGGAGCAGCCAGGAGGAGGAUGGUGUUCUACUGACCCAGGGACAGAGGACCAGCCAGGAGGAGGAUGGUGUCCUACUGACCCAGGGACAGAGGACCAGCCAGGAGGAGGAUGGUGUCCUACUGACCCAGGGACAGAGGACCAGCCAGGAGGAGGAUGGUGUCCUACUGACCCAGGGACAGAGGACCAGCCAGGAGGAGGAUGGAGAGGUAGCAGUUAAAACAGAUCUGCAGGAGAAGGAGAAGAAGGCUACAGGGUUUGAAGGAUAUAACAUUCAGGAUGUCAAAGACGUGCUGGGAGACCUGACCACAGAGAUGCUGGGAAAUCUACAGGCUGAAUUCACAGAGAAGCUGAGAGUCCAAGAGGAGAGCUUCAGGACCAGACUAGAACGACUGAAACAUUCUGCCUCCAAAUAGCAACAAUACACAAAAUAGUCUAGCUAUCUACUAUGAACACAAUACACAACAUAGUCUAUAAUAUAUCUACUAUGAACAC